UGGGCUGGGGGGCAGUGGAGGGCUUCAGCGCAGCCCAAGCCAACUCUUACCGAACAGCUGGAGCACUCAGUCCCGUGGGCACAGGUAUCAGACCAUGAAACGCCACUUCAUGGACCACAGUGGGGAGCAGUCACCAACAGAUGGGACCACCCUCAGCUUAGCCAGUCCUGAGUCCACAGAGGACAGCCUGGAAGUGAGCUGGCCAGGGCCCCUAAAGAGAGAGGAAACAUGUCUGCUGCCCGGGCCCUGCAUUUCCCAGGAGGACAACCUAUAUUUCUCUGCCAUCAGGGCUCGGGGCAUGCUGAGCUGGAGCAGCUCCCAGUCGUCCCAGUCCUCCUCCGAGUACCAGUCCUACUCCCAGUACCAGUCUUGCUACUCCUGCAUGUAUGACGAGAAGGAUGCCCAGCAGAGCGUGUGCGCCCUCUAUACCCACGUGCAGACGGUGAAGGGUGUGGCAGUGGCUUGGGAGACAGACACAGGCUUUGAGCCAGUGAGCAGGAAGCCCCGCAUUCACGAAGCCGAGUUCACCAAGAGGCAGAGGAGGAAAGGCUCCUCCUUUGAGAUGGCUUCUAAUACCGACCUGCGCUGGGACUUAGAAGCCAGUAAGAACAACUGCUGCUCGGAGCCUGACGAUUCAGAGCUGCUUGGGCCCCUGGAGUGCUGCCUGCAGGACUUGCGGGAACCCCCUGACUGGCUGGUCACCACCAACUACGGCUUGCGCUGCGUGGCCUGCUGCCGAGUCUUCCCCACGCUGGAGGCGCUCCUGGAGCACGCCCAGUAUGGCAUCCAAGAGGGCUUCAGCUGCCAGAUCUUUUUUGAGGAGAUGCUGGAGAGAAGGCGGGCCCGGGACCAAGAGCAGGAGCAGCAGCUGGAGGAGGAGGAACACAACCCGUUGGACAGCAGUGAAUGUUCCAAGUCUCACACCAAGGUACCUCAGUCCCAGCAACAGAAGCAGUGA